UCGUGUCCUUCCACACACCAAUUGUACAAAAAUGAGAUCCAACCUUCUCAUCAAUUUCACUCUCCUUCUCUUCUUCUUCUUCUUCUUCCGCGUCAGUUUUGCCGCCGGAAGAAAGCUUCGUUCUUUAGAAAUGAGUUACAAUGGAGAGCCUCAAGCUGCCGGAACCCCUGAAGGAGGAUCUGGAUCGGGUCAUGGUCCAAAUUGGGAUUACAGCUGGGGUUGGGGUUCCGCUCCUGGAAGCGGUUGGGGCUAUGGGUCUGGGUCCGGGCGGUCCUCCACUGGUUUUGGUAGAGGCUUUGGCUACGGGUUUGGAUCGGGCUCCGGGUCUGGGUCUGGAAGCGGGUAUGGUUAUGGGUCAGGCACAGGUGGCGGUGCUUAUGGCGGCGGUGGCGGCUUCGGCAGAGGAAGCGGUGGCAACCACUGACUCGAGGGACAAAACAGCCAUGAACAAUUGAGGGUUCUACAUGAAUGCUCUUAUUACGUUGAGGCUACUUCAAGAUAUAUAGUGUGUACGUGGUUGUGCAUAUAUAUACUAUUUGGUGUCUCCGUGCCCCUAUCAAAGAUGACUAGAGUUAGCAACCCAUAAUAAGAUUUUGAGUUGGGGUUAGUAUAUUUAGUGAAAUCUUGAUAUUAUUUAGUGUAUUAAUGUAUAAUUAAUUAACUUUAUAUAUAUCUGUUAUGAAUGUAAAAAACCUUUAGUUUAUCCUAAGUCUUGUUCCCUUUUCUUUACUAAUGGUUAUAUAUGAACAAAAUUUGAGAGGA